GUUCUCAAUUUCUCGAGAAGAUACGGUAUUCAAUGAAUGCGAAAAAAAAAAAAAAAAAAAAGGAACAGAAAAGAAAGAGGGGUUCGGUAGAAAGGGAGAGGCGUGGAGCCCGGCUCGGUCGGAUACGCCAAGGGUCCACGGCUGGACUGAUGCGUUGAAAUAGUCCUGCGUGGGCCGAUGUCAAGACGCCCGGGCGACAAAUUCUCAGGCCAGAGACACCACCCUCCACGUUUUGAUGGCAGACACCACCCCCGCCGAUGAGUCAAGUCCCCUCCUCCCGCCCUCCGACGCCCCCUCUCCAGAGCCGACAACAGCAUCAACAAUGAGCGCCCUCUUCUGGAAGGUGGGCGCCGUCUCGGGCGCCAGCGCCGUCGCCCUGGGCGCCUUUGGUGCCCACGGACUCAAGAAGCACAUUUCGGAUCCACAGAAGCUGGCCAACUGGGGCACCGCCGCCCAGUACCAGCUCGUCCACUCGGGCGCCGUCCUCCUGGCCUCGGGCGUCGGUGCGGGCAACCCCGUCGCCGCCGGCCUCUUCACCGCCGGCAUGACCAUGUUCAGCGGAAGUCUGUAUGCCCUGGUGCUGGACUCGGACCGCUUUCGCUUCAUGGGCCCCGUCACGCCAGUCGGCGGCCUGUGCCUGAUCGCCGGCUGGCUGGCCCUCGGCUUCUCUCGCCGCGGUGCCUUCCCUCCCCUGCGCCGGUGAACAGGGUCAAGACGGCAUUCAAGGGACUCGAUAGACACAGGAAAAGGCCAAGAUAGGAAUAGAGACGAAUCGAGUGAUCGUAUCGUAACCAAUGCAGUCUAGUUGUACCAUUAUACCAUGAGGAAGCCGUGAUAAAAAAGGGGGUAGGGGGAUGGGGUAUCUAGUGCUAGCAAUGCGCAGGGUCAUACGCAAGUGACUACCUCAUUACAUGUAUGCGUGUGCUCAUGCC